AUGGCUACUGUGUUUUGCAAUUACUUCUCUGCACUCAUUCGAACUGGACUCCUUUUAAUAAGUGCACUGAGUUCUACUCAAAUUCUUGAAACAGUCAAAAACAUGAAGGACAAAGUCAAGUUCAAGAAACUGUCGUCCUUCCAAUUUGUGAUGACUGCACCCGCUCUUGAAACAUGUCAAUACGAGGCAGUCGGUAAACUUUUGGCGUCAGUCUGUUUGCGUAUUCCCUCAAUGCUUAGGGAUUUGUUUGAAGCGGCUUCUGGUAAGCCAAUUCAAGUCUGUCGGAACAUCCAUUACAUCUCCGUUUGGGACACUUUCUCAAAGUAUUGUAUUUCACAGAACAAGACGUGUCAAAAGUUUGUCGAAGGUAUUAAUGGCGUCGAUAACAAGUGGACAUUACACUUCUCUGCUAAACUUCCAUUAGCUUAUUUCUUCUAUUGUGAGUAUACCACUCACUUGUUGAAGUACUUCGAUCAUAAAUCAGACCAAUUCAGUUUGAUCCCAGGCUUCUCUGCAUUAAGUGGGUUAGUUGAAAAGAUAUCGCAUGGCAAAACGUCAAAAGUUUCAAGUGAAAUGCACUAUGAAGUCCAAGCACUCUUGUGUACUACUGAAUACCCAACAACCCUCAACAAGAUAUUGGACGACAGAAUGAGCCAUACUAAUGCUAAUUCUAUCGACAAUUUGUCAAAUUUUGUGUAUUCAAUACAAUACGUUUUUAAGUUGAUGAACAAGAGGAAGUAUGUCAUUGACUCCGUCGACACACAACGAAUAGUUAAAGUGUUAGAUGCUAUUGUUUUGUCUGAUUCAUACUAUGCGAUGACUGUCAUGUUCUCAUUCUUAUACGAGUUAUGUCCUUGCUUGAACAAAACAAAACGGCACGUUGUGAUCGAUUUUGUUUUGAAAAACUUCAACCACUUCUUUGUCCAUUGGUAUUACCAAUCAAGGUUGGAUACAUAUCGUUUCGCCGAUUGUGAGUUUUUUAUUUGA